UUUUGUGCCACUAGUAGUACUAUCAAAUAUUUGACGCGGCAUUCCAUUUCAGUAUGUUGCGAGCAGAGCUGCGUCACAUAGUGAGAUGAAGAGGACACAUUUUGGGCAAGACACCUGGCAAUUGGGAUGCCCCAAUCGAAUGCGUCAGAAUGCGUUUGUGUGCGGCCGCAGCUCAAAUGGACUUUGGCCAAACAGUUGCCGUUUGCCAGUCCACAGGCGUAGUUCUUCUAGGUUCCGCGCCUGAUAGUGACGCAAUGCCGUUCUACCCCUCUACACACAUGCCUUUGGGCCCUUUGAGUGCACGACGGGAGAACAGCGACACUGCUCGGGAGAUGAAGCAGAGUGCCCACGAAGAUGCGGAGAGUGCACCGCUCCUGGUGGAAGACCCCAUGCCGAGCUGCGAGUCCAGACUCAGCCCACGCUAUCGCCUCAUAGGACUCAGCCUCACAUUGACUUUUUUGUUGGCAGUGAUCGCUUUUCACCAUCCAAGCCCGCGGAAAAACACCACAGAGGAUCUAGAGCCCACCAUUUUGGCCACCGCCAUGCCAGACAUUUUUUGCUUCACCGUGAUGGGAGUACCAGCCAUGGAAAAGCCAUUGCUCUUAGGGCAGCAGGGGAAGGGCAAAGGGCUUUUCAACUGCCCCGCUCAUGCCAUCUUCGGGCCGACGAACGAGCCGCCCGUGACCAUCGCGAUGCCCAAGCUUCAGUUCGGAGUAGCCAAAGGUGGCCGGUGGUCCACGGCCUUGAACACCCCGGUGUUCAAGGAGAUAUGGCUGAAGGUGCAAAAGAUGCCCGAGGCCUUGGCCCAUGCGUGGGUAGUGAAGUUGGAUCCUGACACCGUCUUCAUCCCUGAGCGCUUGGGUCCCAUUUUGCCCUCGGGCUCUCCACGAGCCUUCAUCCAGAACUGCAAUGAGGGCCUUCAUGGUCCCAUCGAGGUGAUCUCUCGAGAGGCUCUGAAGAACCUGAACUGGGAGACGUGUGGCGCAAUUCUCCAAGAGGACAUUUGGCUCCAAAGCUGCCUCCAACGAUUGGGGGCUAGCUCUAUCAAUGGUUGGCCUCAAGUGCUUUGGGAACAUGGCUGCACUCCUCGCUUAGAGGGCAGUUGUGCCGCCUACAACGUGGCCUACCAUCCCAGGAAGACCUUUCCAGAAUGGUGGUCGUGCUGGCAGCAAGCAUCGUCCUUUCCUCUUCCGCCUUGGGAUUGGAAGGUGAUGAACAACAAGAACUGUGCACCAGGAAGGGGUGGACAGCUCUUGGCGGGAAACCCCGAGCCAUUCGCUCCCUCAAUCUCUCCGGCGGACUGCAUGCGAAAAUGCAAGGAAGCAAAGGGUUGUGAUGCCAUUGUGAUCUUGGAGAACCACGACCCGAGCAUUUGUUACUUGCGCAGUCAGAUCAAGGUGGAUGAGUGCUUUACGGCACCCGGGUACAGUGCUUGGGUGAACCCGGCUGUUUUCACCACCAAGACCACGACGACGACAACCACCACCACCACCACCACCACCACGACUACUACCACGAAGGCCUCAACGACCACCACGACCACGACAACGACGACCACGACCACGACCACGGUUUCUAUGCCUGGCCCCUGGGGGAUGACGGGCCCAGGGGGCAAGUACGAUGAUGUCAUGAUGCAAGUUCAACGAGGUCCUGGAAAUGGGGCUCAGUACGCUGAAGAGCAUUUGGACCAGAGACGGAAGGAAGGGCAAUAUGGGGACGGUGAUAGCUAUGCGCAGAGCGAGGGAGAUGGGGAUGGUGAUAGCUAUGCGCAGAGGGAGGGAGAUGGUGAUGGUGAUGGCUAUGCGCAGAGGGAGGGAGAUCAUGAUGGAGAUGGUGAUGGCUAUGAGGGAGGUGAAGAUGGUGACGGGAGUGGAGCGAGCUAUGGAGAUGCCUCCGGUGGAGUACAACGUCACAUGUACAAAGUAGGGGCCUUGGAGUGCUUUGGUGCAUCAGAUCCAGUGGAUGAGGAAGCAUUUGUGACGAAUGUUGACCUGGCCCGGUGCAAGGAGCUGUGUGGGAAGUCUCAGAGCUGCAAGGCUCUCAUGGUGGGACACGGGAAUUGCUGGCUUCGAAAGGAUGUGGAGUUAACCAGCUGUAUGCCCAGUCAGCACUUGGAACUUUGGAGCAGUGUCGAGAGAAAGAAACUCUUGAAGAGGAUGAAGUUGAAGUUGUUGAAGAGGCUGAAGUUGUGAAGUGACCGUUGGGAAAUGGGAAUCUUGUCUUUGCCGCGUGAACCUUGAGGAUUCUUUGGACACCGCCCUUGACAGAUGGCACAUUACCUUCACUCGUGGAUUUCAUGCCCCUUUGUUCAUUCAAGAGUUCUCCGGCGGAGCGGCAACGCACACCCAGGGCAAAGGCCUUGGACCCGGACUUUAUUUGUCUCCAAGCCUCGGUCGGAUUUCGCAGAGCAUAGAUGGUGGAAC